AAGAUAACCAAAUUUUUGUGUGUUUCUGUGAAUAUGUGAUUGAUUGUGUGCGUUGCAAAACGAAUUAUUUUGUGUGUAACAAUGAAUUGGCUUAAUAGUUCUGGAUUUCGUAGUGGUUUUACUCGACAACGAACCCCUAGUUUAGAUGCAACGACUGCUGAUCCGGAUGCUUGCUAUGCCAGUUUUAAGGAACACUGGCAACAGGCCUAUAAAAUUAUUCAACGUAGUUAUCAAAAACCGGUCCACGACGAUGUACUGGGAAUGGUUAAUCAUUUAGAGCAAAUGGUAACUCUACUUUUGUACGAGUUAAAAAAUCGUAAUGUCCAUUUAAAUACGAGUACCCUUACAAAUUUAACGCCAUUAUCGCCAAGUAAUACCCAUACACCUUGUCUAGAAUAUUUACUAUCGGAAAAUCUAUUAGAUAAAGUCUAUGAAUGGGGUCUACGAACUGGAAAGUAUGGAAAUGCUGUUCGAUUAGAGCAAAUAAAAAUGUAUGAAAUGUUAAUAAAUAUAUCGUCGCAUGAAUUACUCGUCCACGAACCAUUUUUACGGCCCCUUUUAAAGCUAUUGUUAUCGUGUCAGGGUGAAUGUUUCCCUGAUAAUAUUGUUAAGGAUUUAGUCCAAUUAUUGUAUCAGUUAUGUGUUUCGCUUAUGCAAAAAGCUGAAUUAUUGGAUUUAUUUUUUGUAUCAACACCUGGUUCACCGACUAAAUUUAUAAUUUUUUCGUUGCUAAUUCCCUACGUCCAUACCGAAGGUGCCACUGGCCUACAAGCGAGAGACGCGUUGUUACUUUGUAUGUCACUAUCGAAAAAGAAUUUAAAUAUUGCUGAGCAUAGUAACGUCUGUCCAAUGUUGGCUACAGGUUUAAGUGGUUUAUAUUCAUUGUUACCGCGAAAUUUUAAAAUUGAAACAGAAGACUGGCAUCGUUUCACACCAGAUGAUGUAAAAGACAUUAAAGAGUUAGCCUUGUUUAUGAAUUCAUUAGAAUUUUGUAAUGCGGCUGCGCAAGUUGCACAUCCAAUUAUCAAAUCACAAUUAUUAGAUUUUUUAUAUCAAGGUUUUCUGUUUCCUGUUUUAAAACCGGCACUUUUACAGUCUGACGUAACGGAACAAAUAGCCGCUGUGGCAUACCUAGAUUUAAUAAUGAGAUCGGUAUCAGAACCCGGUUUAUUGCCAGCGAUGAUACGAUUUUUAUUAAAAGAAACAAUCAACGAUGUAUAUUUAUUAGAAGUAUUAAUUUGUCGUAUUGAUUCGGCGAAUUCCUUUCGUUUAAGUUUAGUAACAUUGGCAUUAUUUGAAACGUUAGUCGAUUUAAACUGUGAAGAUAUCAUGUUAGAAUUAAUAUUUAAACAUCUAAAGCCAUGUUCACACUUAAUGUUACCACAACGUCCAUUAAUUAUCGAUACGGAUACGUAUACGAUCAACAUGGAUAAAUUAUUUUCGUUAGUACCAAAUUGUUGUCGAAUUAACAACUCCCAAAUACCACCAGCUCAAUCAAUAUCGUCCACAAGAUCCUCUCUAUCGAACGGAUCAUCAACGUCCGCGGAUGUCGUGACGAACAACAGUGGUGCUAUGUCGUUGCCAACAAAUUGGAAUCAUUAUGGCACACAAGUGAAUGAUACGUUGCUGGGCAAUUAUCAUGCGUAUUUGUGUGACGCACGACAAAAGAUUACGAUGUGUCGUCAAGCAUGCGUGUCCUGGAGUUCAACGUACGAUUGUGUGGAACGAAAAUUUAAUACAGAACAUCAGAAUACUGGUGAUAGUUUAAUGGAUGGAACACUUUGUUCGGAGGAUCUUUACGAUUUAGAAGAACGAACAGCUACAAAUAGUUUACAAUCGUUAGGUGACAGCAGCGAUUACGGAAGUUUUAAGUAUAAGGGCGAAGAAAAUGGUAUUAAUAGUAGUAAAAUGGUAUGGAAACAAUCGUGUCAUCCCCCCUUAGAUAUUCAUAGUACAACUAUCGAUAAAGACGAUUCAACCACUGAAAUGUGUUCGAGUGUUGGUUUAUUUUUGAAUAUUUUAUUGGAAAAAUUAAGUGAUAUGCUAAAAAAUAAUAUUUAUGUAAAUUUCCAUUUAACUGGUCUCAUAUCACGGCUGGCAAUUUAUCCGCAAACGUUACUUCAAUCGUAUCUUUUGAAUUAUCAAUUAGUCUUACAGCCAAAUGUUCGAUCUAUUUUCCAAGUUGUCGGUUUAUUAAAACAUCAAAUCGAUGAAUAUAUGUCGAAUAAUGCGGAUUCCGAUUUAAUAUUAACGAAUGCACGCCAAUGGUUAUUCGAACGAGAGAAUAAAUUAUUAAAUUUACGAUGGAAAGGUGUACGUAACGAAGAACCAAUACCAACAACGAACAAUCAAGUCGCCAGACUUGAGCCAAAUUUAUCACGUAGUUCGAGUAGUUUAACCAAUUCUGUCACGUCCAUGUUAAAACGAACUAGUAUUGGUUCCAACUUUUUCCGAAAACAAACAAUGCAACAAAAUUCGUCGCACAACAGUAAUUCUCAACAGUCAGCUGAUUCAACGUCUUUACAUUCAUUAAACAACGAGGCGCAUUCAUUAAACAUAGCAAGUGGCUCCUCCACAGGUGGUACAGGUGGAGCUACAUCUACAUCAAUAUCACGUGGUGUUGUUGAUAAUGUUGCGUUAUGUGCAAUACUUUUAGAUGAAUGGUUAAAAGAAUUGGCGGCCAUAUCACAAGAACAAACCAUUGCUCAGUUAACGGAUGUUUUCUCCAAAAAUUAUUUACAUUAAUGGUUUGUUUUCUAGCCGACUAAAUAAGGAAAAGUCUGUUUUCAUUAUUUUUUAUUUUGUAAAAUAAUUUAACAUAUCCCUUUUAAUUAUGUUCCCUUAGCCACCAUAUUUACGCACAAAAUAUUCGCUCAUUAAUUUUUAAUAAUAUACAUUCAUUUUUUAAUAUGUUCAAUUUUAAGGAUGUAAGAGCGU